UCUUAUAUUAUUAUUUACCGCAAAUGGAUGAAAGCGAACUAAUCAAAUUAAUAAAGAGCUGCCCCAUCCUGUACGAUAAGGACAGUGCACGCAGCGUGAAGAAUGCAGCGCUAAAAGACGCAGCAUGGAAGUCCAUAUCCCAGAAGAUUGGUGCCUCGGAAAGAGCCUGCAUCACGCGAUGGAAGAGUAUUCGGGACCGCUUCGGCAAGGAGUUUCGUCGUUUCCAGGAAAACCCUGACGUACCUACGUACUGGGACAUGUUUCCGCACCUGUUGUUUCUCAAGGACCACUACAAGCAUGGCCAGGUCAGGCACGAUAGUCUGGAGGGUAUCAAAUUUGAGCCCAAAGUGAGGAGAAGGCGCAACAGAUUGUAUGCGGAACACGAGAAAAAUCCUAAGGAGGAGGAGGACGACUGCAAGGGUGAUAUGCUGAACGAGCUGAUUGAGCUGGUCAAAAUGCAUCCCGUUCUCUAUGAUAAAGACCAGAUACGCAUUUCCAAAAACCUGUCUGCCAAAAACGAAGCUUGGCGGGAAAUCUCAGAGAGCUUGAAUGUGUCGGAGGUGGUCUGUUUCAAUCGUUGGAAGAAGUUGCGUGAACGAUUUGCGCGAGAGUACCGCAACCAGCAGAUUAAUCAUUCGACGCCUAUUACCUGGAAGUAUUUCAAUGAUUUGCUCUUCUUGGACAAGCAUUUUCGUAAGGGAGUUCCCUUGGUCAUAGAGAACAUCAAGAAACGAGGACGCCCACCCAAGGCGAGCAAUCAGACCGGCAGUCCUAUUAAGCAGCCCACUAGCGUCAGCAUUGUAAAUGGCGAACAGAUAUGGGGCGCCGACUAUCCCUAUAGCACAGAUAAUGACGAGCAGGAGAACGAUCUGGAGCUGUGCUACGAUGAACCGGAAGAUAUUGAGUUCGCACCGGAACCGGAGCAAACAACAGCCUACGAUUUCAUUCUCACCCAGACAGCAGCUCCCUCGCAGCAGAUGGCGCAAGAUGUCAGCGUUGAGCUCUUACCAUACAAUGAGAGCUUUGACCUGCACAGCGAGAGUAGCGCUGUGCGGAACGUGGCCGGCAUAUCAGAGGAUGAGACGCCCGCCCCCACAUCGGAUAAGCUGCUCGUUCAUGUUAUAGCCAACAUGGAGACUGUACUGCAGCAGUCACGGGAGCUACAAACGCAGCUGCAACACGAGCAGCAACAACCACCCGCCAUUAGAAGCCUGUUGGACAAGGCACAGAUGCUGCUGGACGGACUCAGCCCAGAUCAACGGUCGAGUGCGAUGCGAAAGAUAGGACAGUUCGUGCAUCACUGCCAGAUCAAGGCACUGGAGGGAGAGGUGAUCGAAGAUCUCACUCCAUAUCAAGUGUUUAAUUGUUAAGAAGGGUUCGGAAGGGUAUUAUCAUAAGUAUGAAUAAGAAAUGAAUUAUCGAUUUAUUGUUGGAAUUUUGAAUUAUUGUUAUCGAAUGCCAGCUGCUUGCGUCGAUAUCCGCCAGAGGGCGUUGAAGCAAUUUAAACGAGACGUUACGCACAGAAAAACAAUAACACCCACGCUCGAACAUUAAUUGCAAUUAAUAACACACACGCACACGCACACACACAGCAGACACUCAAAAAAUGCUUAAACAAAUCUCUGGGCAUGCAAUGAUUUGAAUUCGUUUAGUUUCCACGCUCUAUUCGCACGCUGCAGUUGUUGGCUGGUCGGUCCGCUCCGCUCUGCGCUGUUCUCCUCUCCUCCUUGUGCGUCAAAGAGCAGCCAAAAACAUUAAGAAUUAUUGAAAUAAUAAACGGGGGCCAGGCCAGACCAGACCAGACCAGACCCGAGCAGCAGCCGCACAAAAGCGCUUUUUAAGUGUCUGCAAAUGAUUUUGUGCUGUUCCCCUCCACCCCGUGGGGCAUAAACUAAUUUUGUAUAAAUAAACGAGCCGGCCAAUCGUUUGAAGUUAUAAUAUUUCGGGAUUUUGUGUGUGUUUCAAUGGUGUUAAUGGAAUGCGAUGAGUCGCUUGAUACAUGAAAAAAGUGCGCCAAUGUUGUGACACCUGCUGGAACUUCCUUCUUUUUCUUUCACAUUUUUGUGCGUGUUUUCCCC